AUGGCAGGAGAAACGGGCUGUGUGAACCCACUGGAGCACUCUGAAUCGGACAGCCACCAGAACAAAGAGUCGAUCGGGGGGGCCUGCUCCGGGAUCAGGAUCGGUCUCUUGUGCCUCCCGGAUGAGCUCUUCACUCUCCCACAUAAAGGCUCCGAUAAUACAGGAAGCCGGCAGAACAAAUCCAGGAGACGAAGAUUAAUCCAAGGCAAGCACGGGAACAACAGAAUCACAAUGAAGCUAGGCAAUACUAACGAGAGUUACUCAAUAUUCCAGCAACGAGUAGCUCAGAGCCCCCGCCUUGAGAAGAUGUCUGAGCUCAGAGCUGUCCUGCUGGGGAACAGCUGGUCUGAGAGGAGUUCAGUGGGGAACUUUAUACUGGGAGAGAACAAGUUCAACCCUGAGGAAGAACUGGACCGAUGUGUGAGAGAAAUGAUCAGACGAUGUAAUAACAAGUCACGGCAGCGUGAAAACCUCACCAUUGAGGAGUUACUAGAAAACAUGGAACGCAUUGUAGAAAUGAACAAUGGAACACAUGUGAUCUGUCAUCACACCAGCGCUGAACAAAGAAAAGAAGCUCCUGUUACUCUGAAUUAUCCUCAGUCUGUUGGAUUUUCUCCAGACGGACAAGUUUUCCAUGGAGAGUGGAGAGGAAAACCUUUAACAGUAGUGAAAACUCCCGACUUCUUAAAUCCGUCUCUGAAAGCAGUGAGAGAAGAGAUGAAGAGCUGUGUGAGUCUCUGUCCUCCUGGACCAAAUGUUCUGCUGCUGAUGGUGAAACCUUCUGAUUUCACUACGCAGAGCAGAAAAACUCUGAAUCUGACCCUGAGUGUGUUUAAUGGAGAUGCAUUUAAACACUCAAUGGUCAUCAUCACAGAUGAGGAGAAGAUGGGACAUUCAGUUAAUUCUCUACUUAGAGAUUGUGAAGGUAGACACUACAACAUGUUUGAAAAUGAUGAUCGACAGUUAAUGGAGAAGAUUGAGAACAUUGUACAUGAGAACGAAGGAAAAUUCCUCACAGUCACCGAAGAGACCAUCAGACCACAGCCUGAACACAUCACACCACAAAAAAAGAUCAGAAGAAUAGAAUCAGAACUCAUCAAACCAUCUUUUAACCUGGUUCUGUGUGGGAGGAGAGGAGCAGGGAAGACUUCAGCAGCCAAGGCCAUUUUAGGUCAGACUGAGCUUCAUUCAGUCUCCAACUCAUCAGAGUGUGUUAAACAUCAGGGAGAGGUGUGUGGACGUUGGGUUUCCCUGGUGGAGCUGCCUGCCUUGUAUGGAAAACCUCAGGAGGCAGUGAUGGAGGAAUCACUCAGGUGUAUCUCCCUCUGUGAUCCUGAGGGUGUCCAUGCCUUCAUCCUGGUCCUACCUGUGGCUCCCCUCACUGAUGAAGACAAGAGAGAGUUAGAGACCAUCCAGAACACAUUCAGCUCUCGAGUCAAUGACUUCACCAUGAUUCUGUUCACUGUACACUCAGAUCCUACAGAUCCAGCUGCUGUUAACUUUGUAAGACAAGACAAAGACAUUCAGAAGCUCUGUCAGACUUAUCGAGGACGAUAUGUUGUUCUCAACAUCGAAGAAAAGCAAACCAUCUUGAACCUUCUGCAUGACGUGGAAAAUAUGAAAGCUGAAGGAUCCAAAUGCUUCACAAAGGACAUGUUCACCAAAGCUCAAAUGGAGAAGGUAACAAGACUUAAAGCUGAACUGCAGGAAGUUAAACGCAGGAGUGAGGCAGGACCUGAUGAUACAAAUCAAACUGGACAGUCCAUCAGGAUGGUGCUGCUUGGAAAAACUGGCAAUGGGAAAAGUGCAACUGCAAACACCAUUUUGGGCAAAAAGGUGUUUUUAUCCAGAGUCAGUCAGAUUUCUGUGACCAGAGAAUGUCAGAAAGCAGCAGGAGAGAUUGAUGGACGUCCUGUUGUUGUGGUCGACACCCCUGGCUUGUUUGACACCUCUCUGUCCAGUUAUGAAGUUCGACAGGAGCUUCUGAAAUGUAUCAGCAUGUUGUCUCCUGGACCUCACGUGUUCUUACUGGUGCUGCAGAUCGGUCGAUUUACAGAGGAGGAAAAAGAAGCUGUGAGAAAGAUCAAAGAGAUUUUUGGAAAGAAGUCAGGAAACUUCAUCAUUGUUACCUUCACCAGAGGCGAUGAGCUUGAAGACACAUCCAUUGAAAGUUACAUAGAAGAAGACUGUUCUGAUUUUGUAAAAACUCUGAUUGAUGACUGUGGAGGCAGAUACCACGUCUUCAACAACAAAGAUCCAAAAAACCGUAGACAAGUGACAGACCUGCUGAUCAAAAUAGAAGCCAUGUUGAAAGACAGUGGCGGCAGAUACUACACCACUGAGAUCUUCCAAGAGGCUGAGGCAGCGAUACAGAAGAAAGUGGAGAGGAUACUGAAAGAGAAGGAUGAAGACAUGAAGAGAGAGAAGGGGGUGCUUAAAAGGAAACAUGAAGAAGAAAUGCAAAAAAUAAAAAGAGAAAUGGAAAAACAGAUCUCUGAGAAAGAGCAGAGCAUGAACAAACUCAAACAGAUGGAGGAACACAUUAACCAGGAGCGAGAAGAGAGAGAGAGAGAACAGAAAAUCAGAGAAGAUGAAAACAGAAAGAGGAAAGAACAGGAAGAAACUCAACGACAACAAUGGAAACAAAAACUGGAAACUUUGGAGAAGCAAAUAGAAUCUGAAUCAAAAGAAGAGCUCAUCAGAGAGCUGGAGCAAAACAGAGAAGAAAUGAGAAGAGAGAGAGAGGCCUGGGAGAUGGAAAGGAAAGAAUGGUGGGAAAAAAGAUGUCAAGAAAGUAAACCGAGACAAAAGGCAGAAGAAGUGAAAAUUAAAAAGCUGACAGAAAAAUAUGAAAAGGAAAAAGAAGAUUAUCACAGAAGAAUAAACGAUUACAGUGUCAGAAUAAAACAGGAGGAAAGAAAAAGAAAAGAAUUAGAGAAAGACUACAAGGAAAAAAUGAAACAAAUGAAGCAGAAACAUAAAGAUGAGGCCAGAAAUCAAGCUGAAGACUUCAAUGACUUCAAAGAGAAAUACACCAGUGACUUUGAAUCUCUGAUAGAGAAAUAUAAUGAAGAGAUAAGGGAUCUGAAGCAGGAGCAUGAGAAACAGAAACAUAAUUAUGCUGAUUUGCACCAGGUCUCCAGUGACAAAGAGGAAAGACUGAAGAAAGAAAAGGAGGAAAUGCAGAAAAAGCAUGAAGAAGAAAUUAAUGAAUAUAAGCAAAAACAUAAAAGAUGCAUCAUAGCCUGA